AUGUCAACGGGUGAGCUCUCGGCGGGAUCCGCCGCCUAUUUUGAGGAGAAGCACAUCAACACACUUCUGGAGGAACUUUUUCACGAUGUCAUGGUGCACCUGCCGGAUGACCCGCUGCAAUUCCUGCUGCAUGCGCUCGAUGGAAAGACGACGCUGCGGUUGAUGGUUCUUGGACCAUCCGGUGCCGGAAAACGUACGCAGUCCCGACGCAUCGCGCAAAAGUACGGUGCGGUGGUCGUCAACGCUGACGAUGUCUUCCGUGAGGAAAUGUCAAAAGACACAAAAGAGGGCGAAAAGGUAGCGAAUUGCAUGCGGGAUGGCAUACCGGUGCCACAUGAUGUUGCAUCUGAAUUAAUUAUACGUCGCCUGAAGAUGGAGGAUGCGAAUAGUAAAGGUUGGGUGCUGAACGGCUUCCCGCGGACACGUUCCGAGGCACUUCGUCUGCAAACAGCGGGCAUUUCACCUCUUUUCUUUAUUCUGCUGGAUGUGCCGUAUGAGGUGGCGGUUCAACGGUGCAAUGGACGCCGGUAUGAUCCAAUUACACAGAAUGUUUACCACAUGGAGUUUUGCCCUCCCCCACAAGGAAUGGCUGUGGAGCGCAUGUUCGAAGAUGACGACUCCCUCGCGGCUGUGGUAAGUCGAUGGAAAUAUUUUGACGCGAGGAAGGACGAACUGAUCGAAUGCUAUGAGCCUGUUUUUGUUCGAAUCGACGGCAAUCGUCCGCUGGAUGUUGUCUCGCAGGAGAUUUUUGAGCAGGUGGAUGCACGAUAUGUUGCGGUGUGA